GGGCUAGUGAUGGGGGAAGCAGCAAGGGACACAGCAGGACAGGUGUGAUGACCCUUCUCCGGGCCCCUGACGGUCAUUGCCCUUCAGCUCUGUCCAGCAUCAGACAGAGGGAGGAAACUGAGAGCUGGUUGCUGAAAUGUCUGCCGGCACUGAGAAUUAGAGUAGAGGUUUUUGAGGAGUCCGGUCUCGAAGAGGACAGAGUCUCCAGCAGUACAAGAUACAGGACUCCUGCAGAGGCACAGCAGAAGCUGCAGUGAUCUUGGACGAAGGUGGUGGGGUACAGCCCACUUCUCACCUGGCAAGCGGGGCAAUGUGGGUUCUUAGGGACUCUGCCACUCAUCAGCUCUGUGCUGUGCUGCUGGUGCUGGCCUGGGGGCUCUAAGCAGUGUUCUUCUGACGCCUGCCACAAACUCCUGCUGCCCAUGAGCAUCUGCUGCUGGAGACCUCUCCGAAGGCCCCACCUGUGAGGAUGUGCAGUGCCACUUCGGGGCUGCUCUCGGCCCUGGCGCUGGUGUUUGAGGUGGCCGUGGCAUUUGCGCCCAUACCCCGGAUUACCUGGGAACACAGAGAGGUGGGGCUGGUGCAGUUCCGUGAGCCUGGCAUCUAUAACUACUCAGCCCUGCUGAUGAGCGAGGAUGAGGACACCCUAUACGUGGGUGCCCGGGAAGCAGUCUUUGCAGUGAGUGCGCUCAAUAUCUCCCAGAAGCAGCACGAGGUAUACUGGGCAGUCUCAGAAGAGAAAAAAGUAAAGUGUGCGGAGAAGGGGAAAUCCAAACAGACAGAAUGCCUCAACUACAUCCGAGUGCUUCAGCCACUCAGCUCCACUUCCCUGUAUGUGUGUGGGACCAACGCCUUCCAGCCCACCUGUGACCACCUGAAUUUAACAUCCUUUAAGUUUCUGGGGAAAAAUGAAGAUGGCAAAGGAAGGUGUCCAUUUGACCCAGCGCACAGCUACACGUCUGUCAUGGUCGAUGGAGAGCUGUAUUCUGGGACAUCGUAUAAUUUUUUAGGAAGCGAACCCAUCAUCUCCCGAAAUUCUUCCCACAGUCCACUGAGAACAGAGUAUGCAAUCCCUUGGCUGAAUGAGCCGAGUUUUGUCUUUGCUGAUGUGAUCCGAAGAAGCCCAGAUGGCGUGGAGGGUGAGGACGACAGGGUGUAUUUCUUCUUCACGGAGGUUUCAGUGGAGUACGAGUUUGUUUUCAAGUUGAUGAUCCCACGCAUCGCCAGGGUGUGCAAGGGGGACCAGGGCGGCCUGAGGACCCUGCAGAAGAAGUGGACCUCCUUCCUGAAGGCCCGACUGAUCUGCUCCCGGCCAGACAGCGGCCUAGUCUUCAACGUGCUGCGGGAUGUGUUCGUGCUGCGGGCUCCGGGCCUGAAGGAGCCGGUGUUCUACGCACUCUUCACCCCUCAGCUGAACAAUGUGGGGCUGUCGGCGGUGUGCGCCUACAACGUGUCCACAGCGGAGGCCGUCUUCUCCCGCGGGAAGUACAUGCAGAGCGCCACGGUGGAGCAAUCCCACACCAAGUGGGUGCGCUACAACGGCCCAGUGCCCACGCCUCGGCCCGGAGCGUGCAUCAACAGCGAGGCGCGGGCAGCCAACUACACCAGCUCUCUCAACUUACCUGACAAGACGCUGCAGUUCGUCAAAGACCACCCUCUGAUGGACGACUCGGUCACCCCAAUAGACAGCAGGCCCAAGUUAAUCAAAAAGGAUGUGAAUUAUACCCAGAUCGUGGUGGACAGGACCCAGGCGCUGGAUGGGACCAUCUAUGAUGUCAUGUUUGUCAGCACAGAUCGGGGAGCCCUGCACAAAGCUGUGAGCCUCGAGAAUGAGAUGCACAUCAUAGAGGAGACUCAGAUUUUCCAGGACUCCGAGCCGGUGCAGACUCUGCUGCUCUCCUCAAAGAAGGGCAGGAGGUUUGUCUAUGCCGGCUCCAACUCAGGGGUGGUGCAGGCCCCCCUGGCCUUCUGCGGGAAGCACAGCAGCUGCGAGGACUGUGUACUGGCGCGGGAUCCCUACUGCGCCUGGAGCCCGGCCGCGGCUGCCUGCGUCUCUGUCCACCAGACUGAGGGCCCCAGCAGGGGGUGGAUUCAGGAGAUGAGCGGUGAUGUGUCCUCAUGCCCAGAUAAGAUUAAAGAAAGUUACCGGCAGCAUUUUUUCAAGCACGGCGGCAUGGCAGAACUCAAAUGCUCCCAAAAGUCCAACCUAGCCCGGGUGGUAUGGAAGUUUCAAAACGGUGUGCUGAAGGCCGAGAGCCCUAAGUACGGUCUUGUGGGCAGGAAAAACCUGCUCAUCUUCAACCUGUCGGAAGGAGACAGUGGGGUGUACCAGUGCCUGGCAGAGGAGAGGGUCAGGAACAAGACGGUUUCCCAGGUGGUGGCCAAGCACGUGCUGGAGGUGAAGUUGCUCCCUCGGACCCCGGCGGCCCCCACUGCACCAGCCUCUCAGGCAGAAGGAAGCAAGGCCACCCCCAGGGUGCCUGCAGCAUCUACCCAGGGGUCUUCGCCCCUGACCCCGGCUGUACGGACCACCUUCCCAGGGGCCAUCACCCCACCUCCCAAGCCGGCACCCACCAGCACGUCCUGUGAGCCCAAAAUCGUCAUCAACACAGUCCCGCAGCUGCACUCGGAGAAGACCAUGUAUCUGAAGUCCAGCGACAACCGCCUCCUGAUGUCUCUCUUGCUCUUCAUCUUUGCCCUCUUCCUCUGCCUCUUUUCCUACAAUUGUUAUAAAGGCUACCUACCUGGGCAGUGCUUAAAAUUUCGCUCAGCUCUCCUGCUCGGGAGGAAGAAGCCCAAGCCAGAGUUUUCAGACCUGGAGCAGAGCGUGAAAGAGACACUGGUGGAGCCCGGGAGCUUCUCCCAGCAGAACGGAGAGCAGCCCAAGCCGGCCCUGGACACCGGCUAUGAGACGGAGCAGGAUACCAUCACCAGCAAAGUCCCCACAGACAGGGAGGACUCGCAGAGGAUCGACGAGCUCUCCGCCAGGGACAAGCCGUUCGACGUGAAGUGUGAACUGAAGUUUGCAGACUCGGAUGCAGACGGAGACUGAGGCCGGUCCUGCUGGUGUCUUGCAGUUCCUUGGUGGAGAGUUCCGUGUUUAACCCGUUCAGUAACCGAGUCUCGAGUCUUGUCACCGUGCAGCGAUCCUUAGUCCUCUGUUCCUCUUGGGUUGAGCCUGUGACUUGUUCCUCUUUGUGCUGUGGGAAAGUGACAAGUGUUGAGUCCUGGUCUCGAGUCCCGCAGUGGGUUGGAGUGCUUGGAGAUCUCAGUGUGGGUGGCAGCCCUGACCUACGUACCUGAGCCCUUUGUGUUGUGGGGAGAGAGAUGGCUUGACUUCCGGCUGAGAAGCGUUCCUUCUUCCCCUCCUCGUAGCAGCCACUAAAAGAUAAUUUCAUUCCAGAUUGGAAAUGACAUUUUAGUUUAUCAGAUUGGUAACUUAUUGCCUGUUGUCCAGAUUGGCACAGACCUUUUCUUCCAUUGAAUUAUUUUUUAGGAUUUCGCUUUGAUUGUGUUGAGUCUUAGGUCAUUUUUUUCAUUACUGGAGCAGAUGUUUUAAUAUUUAGAUGUUCAUCUUCCAGAUU